AUGAAUGAGCUUCAAAAGCGACAAGAACAGUUUCCAGAUUAUUAUUCUUUCUCGCGGUUACAAGACGAUGAAGACAAUGUUAUUAUAUCCUCUAAUCCGAUAGAACCUUACUCGUAUUAUAAUGACGACUUAAUUUCAACAUCAUUAAUAGCAAUUUCAAGUUUUAUCGAGCAAGUUGAAGAGCACAUUAUUAGUCACAACGAUAGCAGUAUUCGUCGUGGCAACGAUUCGUUAGAAGAGCAAGAAUCGACAAUAAUAAUCCCAGUUAACGAUCUCGUAGAAAAUGAAAAUACACACAAUUUGGUUGAAUAUUUUCGAUCGACUAAUGUGAACAUUACAGGUGCAGAUGAUGAUAAUAAGAGAAACGCCAUUAAUCAUCAUAAUGAAGUGUUACAUUUCACCACAUUCAAUGAGGAUGCUAACAAUAUUAAUGAUGAACAAUUAGUAUUACCAACCACCGUAGAAACGCAUCAUUUAAUUACUAAUUUCGAUGAUAAUUAUGAUAACAUUAAUAACUCCAGAUCGGAAGAUAAUCAUGUCAACAAAAAAUUUAACAUUGAUUGCCAAUUACGAUUCGAUGAUGGUGUCAUCGAAAGGUUCAACACGGCAAGGAGAAACACAGUAAGCGUUUCAAAAGGAAUCAGUGUUACCAGGGUUGAAGAGAGGCUACCAUAUGCAAUGUUGAAUAUCGAGAAUUAUAGUUGGCGUGAUUGCGUAGAUGUUGGACUGGAAUAA